AUGCAACCCCAACAGCAGCAGCAGCAACAACAAACUUUGAAGCGUCAGCUUCAGUUCUCUUCUAUUAAACCGGCUUUUGGUGAUUACCACCAGUUUUCCACAGACCCGGUUCAUUUUUCUUCUCAAGAACCUCCUGUAGGAAUUGUUGUCAAGACUCCUCCACUGAAGCGGAAGAGUGCGGCAGCAAAUUAUGGACAGGGGGUUGGUGACCAGAACCCAGUUUCUGAAUAUGCUAAUGUAAACAGUCCUGUGCAGACACCAAUGUCUGGAAAAGCUGGAAACACACAGAAAAUUCCCAAGACUUCGAAAGCCAGAUCUUCUUCUCAAGCUGUUGCACCCAAUGUUGGAUCCCCUUCAGGCAAUGUUACCCCAGUUGGUCCUUGUCGAUAUGAUAGCUCCCUGGGUCUUUUAACAAAGAAGUUCAUCAAUCUAAUCAAACAUGCAGAAGACGGUAUGCUUGAUCUGAAUAAAGCUGCUGAUACAUUAGAGGUUCAGAAAAGGCGUAUAUAUGAUAUCACAAAUGUCCUGGAAGGCAUUGGUCUGAUAGAAAAGAAACUCAAAAACAGGAUUCAGUGGAAGGGUCUAGAUGUCUCAAAACCAGGAGAAGCUGAUGAGAGUAUUGCAAGUUUACAGGGAGAUGUGGAAAAUUUGACGAUUGAAGAGCGUAGAUUAGAUGACCAGAUACGAGAAACGCAGGAACGAUUGAGGGACCUGAGUGAAGAUGAAGAUAAUCAAAGAUGGCUUUUUGUCACUGAAGAUGAUAUCAAGAGCUUACCUUGUUUCCAGAAUAAAACAUUGAUAGCAAUCAAAGCUCCACAUGGCACUACUUUAGAAGUCCCAGAUCCUGAUGACGCUGUUGAUUAUCCACAAAGAAGAUACAGAAUAGCAUUACGGAGCACCAUGGGCCCCAUAGAUGUUUACCUUGUCAGUCAAUUUGAGGAGAAGUUUGAAGAGAUAAAUGCAGUUGAGGCACCGCCAAGCGUGCCUUCAACAUCUGGUUUGAAUGAGAAUGCAACUGCGACAUUGGCUGCUGAGGAGAACAGAGAAGUUGAUAUUGGGAUGGAUGAAAAAGAAAAUCAAAACGUGUGCUCUGACGUAGGUACUUCACAAGACUUCAUGACUGGAAUCAUGAAGAUUGUUCCAGAUGUUGAGAAUGAAGCAGAUUACUGGCUUUUGUCAGACGCUGAUGUUAGCAUCACUGACAUGUGGAGGACAGAAUCUGCUAUUGAUUGGAACGAGUUGGAUGUAAUACAAGAGGAUUUCUCAAUCGCUAAUGUCAGUACGCCACGAUCCGAAACUCCACCAACCAAUACAACUGAAGUACCUUCUGCAGCUAAUACUACCGGGUGCUAAAUGGUACUUGUUGGUGUUUAUGUGGAUGCCCUGGCUUAGUUUUCUCAAAGAUGAAUGCUUCAUCAGCAAGAUGAUGCUGGUUCUAGUUCGAAUAAGAGCUUCUCAAUUAGAUUAAAUCCUCUGUACAGCCAUUUGAACUCUUAUAGGAAAGAACAAGUGCAACCAGGAGCUUUUUCAUUCGAGGCUCAAGAAAUUGCAAGACUCACGCCGGCUGUUGAUUGUAUAGUUGAUGCACUUAGAUUGACUUGUAAUGACAAUACUCAGUAGGUUAAGCUGUACAAAUCUUGGCUUGUGUAUUAUCAUCUAAUGGCUUUCUUCUUAGCUCUAACAGUACAAUUAGGUGGAUUGUAAUGUAUUGACUUAGAUUAUUCUUCUACUUGGAGUGGUUUUAUCUUUUA